AUGCCGUCGCCGUCAAGUAGCAGUCGGUCGUUCAGGCCAAACUUGCACUCGGGUGUCCCGGAAAGGUAUGCGCGCAUGACAAUUUGGCCCGUGACGUCGGCGCGCAGCACAGCACCAGCAGCAGACAUCAGGAGGUUCACGUCUUCGAUGACAUCGACAAAUGCCUCGUUCUUGCGGUACUUGACGUCUGCUUUACGCCAUGACAAGGCGCCUGUGGCUUGCAUUGUGAUCUUGGCUGAAUCUUCUGGGCGGUGCUCGGACUUGACGCCUUCGGUCGUGAUGUACAUCUUGAGUGUAUCCGUUUCGCUCGUAGACAAGCACGAAGUUGUUCUUGACGGCCUCCUCGUCAAACUUGCCAAAGUAACCCCUCCCGAGCUGAAUGAGGCGGUAGAGAAACUCAAACACAAGAGCAGCGUUCGCAUUGCUCUUAGUAAUAGCCACCAGGUAAAUGUUUUCAUGCUUGACAUGGCUAAAGGUAGUGCUUCCGAGUGUCAGGAUCGGCGACCGGGUUUCCCGAGCGCUGAUGACUUGAAUGCGGAAGACAUCGGCAAGGCGAGGGCGGCAGUCAUUUCGGAAGCUGCGAAAGAUGAGGUUUUCACCUUUCAAGUUAAAAAGAAGGACGCCAGACAGCAUCUUGAGCUAAUUGUCGUCGGCCGACCAAGGGAAGCGAUGAAGUUCGUGAUAUUCUUGAAGGAUGGAGGACAAGGUACGACACGCCAAUGA